GACGUUCGAUCGCCGCGAAGCAUCAGCGCUCGGCACUUCCGAAACUGUUAGCACCAGUAGCAAGGAAGGUUGCUUAGUCGUGUGCAGCCUAGACAAUGUCCCAAGAUUCUGGCUCUAUAUCAGAGGAAGAACGCAGUUUGUUCCGUCCGUUCACGCGGGAAUCACUAGCAGCGAUCGAGGUUCGCAUUGCCGAGGAACUUGCUAAGCAAAAAGAGCUCGAGAAAAAACGAGCCGAAGGCGAGGUAAGGGGUUAUGGACGGAAGAAAAAGAAAAAAGAAAUUCGAUAUGACGAAGACGACGAGGACGAGGGUCCACAGCCGGACCCGAUGUUCGAGCAAGGAGGUCCCCUCCCGGUCCGAAUGCACAACGACUUUCCCCCCGAGCUGGCCUCCGUACCUCUUGAAGAUAUUGAUUCUUUUUACCAUAAUCAAACGACAUUCGUGGUCAUCAGCAAGGGCAAGGACAUAUUCAGGUUCUCCGCGACGGACGCCCUGUGGUUCCUCGAUCCCUUUAAUCCAAUCAGGCGGGUGGCCAUCUACAUACUGGUCCAUCCCCUUUUCUCUCUCUUCAUCAUUACUACCAUUUUGGUUAACUGCAUACUCAUGAUCAUGCCCACGACGCCCACCGUCGAAUCCACCGAAGUCAUAUUUACGGGCAUCUACACAUUCGAGUCCGCCGUUAAGGUGAUGGCGAGGGGUUUCAUUUUGCAGCCUUUUACCUAUCUUAGGGACGCAUGGAAUUGGCUCGACUUCGUAGUUAUAGCUUUAGCUUAUGUGACGAUGGGAAUAGAUCUAGGCAACCUUGCCGCUCUCAGGACAUUUCGAGUCCUCCGAGCCUUGAAGACUGUCGCUAUUGUACCAGGUCUCAAAACUAUUGUCGGUGCUGUGAUAGAGUCAGUGAAAAAUCUACGCGAUGUGAUAAUCCUAACGAUGUUCUCCCUCUCCGUCUUUGCGCUGAUGGGCCUUCAGAUUUACAUGGGGGUGCUCACGCAAAAGUGUAUAAAGAAUUUUCCCGAGGACGGCUCAUGGGGUAAUCGCACCCACGAGAACUGGGAGAGAUUUGUCAGUAACGAAACUAAUUGGUAUGGCAAGGACGACGCGGGAAAUUAUCCACUGUGCGGGAAUUCGUCCGGAGCUGGGCAAUGUCCACCGGAUCACACGUGCUUGCAAGGCUACGGGGGCAAUCCGAACUACGGGUACACGAGCUUCGACACCUUCGGCUGGGCGUUUUUGUCCGCCUUUAGACUGAUGACCCAGGAUUACUGGGAAAACCUUUACCAGCUGGUACUCAGAUCUGCCGGGCCCUGGCACAUGCUCUUCUUCAUCGUCAUCAUAUUCCUCGGCUCGUUCUACCUCGUCAACUUGAUUCUCGCCAUUGUCGCGAUGUCGUACGACGAGUUGCAAAAGAAGGCCGAGGAGGAGGAGUUGGCCGAAGAACAGGCAAUCAGGGAAGCAGAGGAGGCGGUGCUGGCGAAGGAGAAAAAGUUGGCCGACCAGGCGGAGGCUCGAGCGGCGGCCGCCGUGGCCGCGAGCGGCAUCGUCAAGUCGCCCUCGGACUUUUCCUGCCACAGCUACGAGCUGUUCGUCGGCCAGGAAAAGGGCAACGACGACAACAACAAGGAACGCAUGAGCAUCCGCUCGGUCGAGUCCAUCAGCGAGCACAGGGUCAAAAUAUCCGGCAACAACUACAACGUCAGCUCGUCCACUACCACCAAAGUCCGCAAAGUCAGCGCCGCCAGCCUUAGCCUACCGGGCAGUCCGUUCAACAUCCGACGGGGCAGCCGGGGCAGUCACCAGUUCACGAUACGCAACGGCCGGGGCCGGUUCGUGGGCCCACCGGGUGGGGAUCGCAAGCCCCUGGUCCUGUCGACGUACCAGGACGCCCAGGAGCACCUGCCUUACGCGGACGACUCGAACGCCGUGACGCCCCUGUCCGAGGAGAACGGGGCCAUCAUCGUGCCCGUCUACUACACCAGCCUCGGCUCGAGGCACUCGUCCUACACAUCUCACGCCUCGAGGCUCUCGUACACCUCGCACGGCGACCUCCUCGGUGGUCCCGGCGCAACCAAGGAGAGCAGGUUGCGCAGCAGGUCCGCCAGACCGCCCUCCGUCAAUGGCCACUCGGUCACCACAGCUGACAGUUACCAGAAGCACCAUUACGUUAGUCGGGAGGGCGAUACGGACGAUCCGCUUGGCAAAGUUAAGCAGCAGGACAAUCCGUUUAUAGAACCCACGCAGCAACAGCCCGUCGUCGAUAUGAAAGAUGUUCUGGUGUUGAAUGACAUCAUCGAGCAAGCUGCUGGUCGGCAAAGUCGAACAUCGGAUCAAGGAGACGACGAUGAGGAGGGCCCGACCUUCAAAGAGAAAGCCCUGGCCGCGCUGUUGCGCUGCAUCGAUAUAUUUUGCGUCUGGGAUUGCUGCUGGGUUUGGCUCAAGUUUCAGGAAUACAUAGCACUCGUGGUCUUUGAUCCGUUCGUCGAGCUCUUCAUCACGCUCUGCAUCGUCGUCAACACCCUCUUCAUGGCCCUCGAUCACCACGACAUGGACAAGGAGAUGGAGAAGAUCCUCAAGUCCGGAAACUACUUCUUCACCGCGACGUUUGCCAUCGAGGCCACCAUGAAGCUCAUAGCCAUGAGUCCAAAGUACUACUUCCAAGAAGGCUGGAACAUAUUCGACUUCAUCAUCGUAGCGCUGUCACUGCUCGAACUCGGUCUCGAGGGCGUCCAAGGCCUCUCGGUCCUGAGAUCAUUCCGAUUGCUCCGUGUGUUCAAACUGGCAAAGUCGUGGCCAACGCUGAAUCUGCUGAUCUCUAUAAUGGGCCGAACGGUAGGAGCCCUUGGCAACCUGACCUUCGUCCUCUGCAUCAUCAUCUUCAUAUUCGCUGUGAUGGGCAUGCAACUUUUUGGAAAAAAUUACACCGACAACGUGGACCGGUUUCCCGGAGGUGAACUGCCUCGCUGGAACUUUACAGAUUUCAUGCACUCGUUCAUGAUCGUCUUUCGAGUGUUGUGCGGCGAAUGGAUCGAAUCUAUGUGGGACUGCAUGCACGUGGGCGACGUCUCGUGCAUACCCUUUUUCCUUGCGACCGUCGUCAUCGGCAAUUUGGUCGUUCUUAAUUUAUUCUUGGCGCUUCUGCUCUCAAAUUUCGGCAGUAGUAAUCUGUCCGCCCCGACAGCGGACAGCGAGACCAACAAGAUCGCCGAGGCCAUCGAUCGGAUAAGCCGGUUCAUCGCAUGGAUAAAGCGCAGCCUGCUCGAUGUGCUUAAAAUGUUGCGGGCCAAAUUCACGAACCAGAUAUCCGAUCAGGCGCCAGGUGAGGGACCGUCCAACAGUUGGAAAGAAGAGCAUGGAAUUGAUCGGGACGCGAAUAUGGAAUUCGCCGAGGGUGAGCUGGACGCUUAUCGGGACAAAAAAAGCGUCAAAGAGCUCAACAGUCAGUUUGAGGUUGCCAUUGGUGACGGUAUGGAGUUUACCAUACACGGUGACCUGAAAAACAAAUUGCGAGGAAACUUGUGCAUCAACAAUACGAACGCCCUUGUGAACGCGAUGAAUCACAGGGACUUCAAACUAGAUGAUUUCAUUCACAACGAAGACGACACCAUUAGUAAUAAAUCGUACGGCAGCCAUAAAAAUCGUUCGUUCAAAGAGAGUCACAAAGGCAGUAUAGACUCUUUAGACGGUGAGGAGAAGAAGGAUGCGAGCAAAGAAGACCUAGAAGAUGAGUUGGACGACGAGGACGAUGAGGGUGACGAGGACGAGGAGGAAGAGGACGAGGGCGAGGGGGGUAUACCCGGGGGUGUGAUAAGAACGGACGAGGAGCUGGACGACUACCCGGCCGAUUGUUGUCCGGACAAUUGUUACAAGCGCUUCCCGUUCCUCGCCGGCGACGACGACGCCCCGUUUUGGCAGAGCUGGGCAAACCUCAGGCUCAAGACUUUCCAGCUCAUCGAGAACAAGUACUUCGAAACCGCCGUCAUUAUCAUGAUUCUCACUAGCAGUUUGGCUCUCGCGUUGGAGGACGUUCAUCUCCAGCAGAGGCCCAUCCUACAGGACGUAUUGUAUUAUAUGGAUCGUAUUUUCACCGUCAUAUUCUUCUUUGAGAUGUUAAUCAAGUGGUUGGCGCUGGGCUUCAAAAAGUAUUUCACGAACGCUUGGUGUUGGCUUGAUUUUAUAAUUGUCAUGGUGUCUCUCAUUAACUUCAUAGCGUCGCUCCUUGGCGCGGGCGGAAUCCAAGCCUUCAAAACAAUGCGGACCCUAAGGGCCCUAAGGCCACUCAGGGCGAUGUCUAGAAUGCAGGGAAUGCGGGUUGUCGUCAAUGCCCUGGUCCAAGCUAUUCCAUCCAUCUUCAAUGUGCUGCUAGUGUGCCUCAUAUUCUGGCUUAUUUUCGCGAUUAUGGGUGUACAAUUGUUUGCUGGAAAAUAUUUCAAGUGCGUCGACGCGAACAAAACUACGCUAAGCUACGAGAUAAUACCAGAUCGCAACGCUUGCAUCGCCGAAAACUACACGUGGGAGAACUCGCCGAUGAAUUUCGACCACGUGGGCAAGGCUUACUUGUGCUUGUUUCAAGUGGCCACCUUCAAAGGCUGGAUCCAAAUCAUGAACGACGCCAUUGACUCGAGAGAAAUAAACAAGCAGCCGAUUCGCGAAACGAACAUUUACAUGUACCUAUAUUUUGUAUUUUUCAUCAUCUUCGGAUCGUUUUUUACUCUCAAUCUGUUUAUCGGAGUUAUCAUUGACAACUUCAACGAGCAGAAGAAAAAAGCCGGCGGCUCGCUCGAGAUGUUCAUGACUGAGGAUCAGAAAAAAUACUACAACGCCAUGAAAAAAAUGGGCAACAAAAAGCCACUGAAGGCUAUCCCCCGGCCGAGGUGGCGGCCCCAGGCGAUCGUGUUCGAAAUAGUGACGGACAAGAAGUUCGAUAUGAUAAUCAUGUUGUUCAUCGGUCUGAACAUGCUGACGAUGACCCUAGAUCAUUACCAGCAGACAGAAACCUUCAGCAACGUGCUCGACUACCUGAACAUGAUAUUCAUUGUGAUAUUCACCAGCGAGUGUUUCUCAAAGGUCUUCGCGCUGCGCUACCACUAUUUCGUGGAGCCCUGGAACCUCUUCGACUUCGUUGUCGUUAUUUUAUCAAUAUUAGGUCUGGUGCUGAGCGACAUAAUCGAAAAGUACUUCGUGUCGCCGACCUUGCUCAGGGUGGUGCGCGUCGCCAAAGUCGGCCGAGUCCUGCGUCUCGUCAAAGGCGCCAAGGGCAUAAGGACCCUGCUGUUCGCCCUGGCCAUGUCGUUGCCGGCCCUGUUCAACAUUUGCCUGCUGCUGUUCCUCGUCAUGUUCAUCUUCGCCAUAUUCGGCAUGUCCUUCUUCAUGCACGUCAAGGACAAGAGCGGUCUUGACGACGUUUACAACUUCAAGACCUUCGGCCAGUCGAUGAUACUCCUUUUUCAAAUGUCGACGUCGGCCGGCUGGGACGGAGUCCUGGACGGUAUAAUAAACGAGGAGGACUGCCAGGAGCCGAACAACGAGAUCGGUUACCCCGGCAAUUGCGGCUCGUCGACAAUCGGCAUAGCCUACCUGCUCUCGUACCUCGUGAUAAGCUUUUUGAUAGUGAUAAACAUGUACAUCGCCGUCAUCCUCGAGAAUUACUCCCAAGCGACGGAGGACGUGCAGGAGGGCCUCACCGACGACGAUUACGACAUGUAUUACGAGAUUUGGCAGCAAUUCGAUCCCGACGGCACCCAAUACAUACGCUACGACCAACUGUCCGACUUCCUCGACGUCCUCGAGCCGCCUCUCCAGAUACACAAGCCCAACAAGUACAAGAUUGUGUCGAUGGAUAUUCCCAUAUGUAAGGGGGACCUUAUGUUUUGCGUGGACAUCCUCGACGCUCUCACCAAGGACUUUUUCGCGCGCAAGGGCAACGCUAUCGAGGAGACCGGCGAGCUCGCGGAGGUGCAAACAAGGCCGGAAGAGGUCGGCUACGAGCCGGUAUCCUCGACCUUGUGGCGGCAGCGCGAGGAGUAUUGCGCGAGGCUCAUACAGAACGCCUGGCGCAAGCACAAGCAGCAGCGCCACGGUGGCGACAGCGACCUCGACGGCCACUGCACGGACCACAGCCACGGGACGGACGGCGACAAUGGCGGCGCCGGUGCCGGCGGCACUCCUCCCAACCACAAUGGCGGCGUAUUAUUGGGAUCGCCGACCGCAACGACGGGGGAUCAACAACAAGGGGGGGAGCCGUCGUCGUCAUUGGGCGACGGGCACGUCCUGCAGACUGCAGUGCUCGUCGAGAGCGACGGCUUCUCCACGAAAAACGGCCACAAGGUCGUCAUACACAGCCGCUCGCCGAGCGUUACCUCGCGCACCGCGGAUGUCUGAUGAACGGAGCCGGCGGCGACGACGGACGCCGCCACCUCGCAACAACAGUACAGUAGUAGUGACGACGAGACUGAUACUCCCACUACCAUCGAUCCGAAAUGAUGAUGAUGAUGGUGACAAACAUUGCCGUCAUUGGUGUAGCGUCACGAUUACGAGUCGCAUGUGUUGCUGUUGUUGCACCCGAGGUGAUGGCGUCGAUGGGAUGCGAUCGACGAUGCAAUUGUAUAUAUAUGCAGUUGUACGUAUACGCGUGGGGACGAUUAACGAACCUGUUGAUAGUCAACACCGCGAUUGUCGAUACACGCAUGUUGACGAUGGCAUCGUCGAUACAAUAGUUUUGCGCUUACGGUGUUGGAGUUACUAUUUUUUGGGGUUGAGGGACCGAUGCAGCGCGAGUGCCGAGGGAGGUGCAUGCCACACGUGUGCGUAUAUACGAGUGAACAAAAAUCAACGAUCAUGGGCCAUUUUUUGUAAUUUUACCUAUGUUGUUUGUAUUUCAUUACAUAUUAUUAUGUAUUAAGUAUACUGUGUUACCUGUUUCGUGAGCCGCGUGACAAGAGGGCCUGUCGGUACGAACAGUGGGGAGGAAAGUUGGAGAGAGGAAGUUGGGGUGCUGGUGUGUGGGAUGUCGCAUUAGGCGUGGGUUCUUUGUUACUUAUCCUUUUCUUUUUCCCUACAUUGUGCUGGUCAUGAAUACGUAUUUUA